UAGAUUCAGUGAGCCUUUUUGCAAGAUAAGCGGUGCAGACUUUAAGUCUAUCGACCUGCUCUAGCGUACUAUUCUCGGAACAUGACCGGGAAGAUACAGACCAACCUUCCUAUUUGAUGACUACUUUUUUCCUGGGCUACCUGUGAAAGGGGGUCAAGAUGGCUGGGAAACAUAUGAUGGUCGUUGCCAUCGACUUUGGAACUACUUACUCGGGGUACGCGUUCUCAAAACGUUCAGACUUUGAGAAAGAUCCAUUAAAAAUCAGUGCCAUCCAACCGUGCACUUCAAAUCAAAAAUAUUACAAUUCACUUAAGACGCCAACCACUCUACUACUGGAUAAGACGGGGAAAUUCAUAGCAUUUGGUUAUGAUGCUGAACUUCAGUAUACCAACAUCGUCCUUGACGGAACCCAGAAUAACUACCUUUAUUUUGAGAGAUUUAAGAUGAGUUUGCAUAACAAUACGGAAUUGAAUAAAAGUAUGUUGCUAGAAGACAUUUUGAAGAACAAAUUCCCGGCAAUUCAAGUUUUUUCACUCUCAAUAAAAGCGCUCAAAGACGAUUUAGAGGCAACUUUAGAGAAACAAGGCAUAGAUGUAAAGUCUGGUGAAAUAAAAUGGGUCCUUACGGUCCCUGCUAUAUGGUCAGACUCAGCCAAACAGUUUAUGAGGGAAGCAGCUAUACUGGGGGGUUUGUCAGACAAGAUGUUGCGGAUCGCUUUGGAACCGGAAGCCGCCUCCCUGUUCUGCCAACACCUUCCUCUGAAAAAACUUGUCGGGGCCUCAAAAGGGUUUGAUGUCUCUGAACCCGGCACUAAAUACAUGGUGAUAGAUUUGGGAGGUGGAACUGCAGAUAUAACUGUGCACGAAAAAUUAAAAGGUAACAAAUUAAAGGAGCUUUUCAAGGCAAGCGGUGGCGCGUGUGGGGGCACAUCCGUCGACAAGAAAUUCUAUGCCAGUCUGAUUAGAAUAUUUGGUGGGCCUAUGUUAUUUAAGCUUCAGAAAAAGAAAACAUAUGCGUAUAUGGAUUUAAUGAAAGAGUUUGAAUCGACGAAGAGAGUGGUUAAAUCAGGCAUUGCGGAUGAUUCUAAGGUCAACUUUACAAUCCCGUAUGUGGCGUUGAACGAACUUUGUAUUGAGUAUCAUGAUCAGAAGUUGGAAGAUGUUUUACAAGAAUCGACUUUGGGAGAUGACAUAGUAGGGUUUGCUGAUAAAUUGCGGAUAAAAGCCUCCUACUUCAAAAGUUUGUUUGGAAACACCAUCGAAGAGAUCGUACAACACAUUAAAAACAUCUUGGAAAAACCAGAAGCAAAAGAUGUGUCCAAACUUUUAUUAGUCGGGGGGUUUUCAGAAUGCAGUCUCAUACAAGAAGCGGUCAAGAAAGCUUUCCCCGACAAGCGAAUGAUCAUUCCAGAGGAGGCUGGCCUAGCAGUGCUGAAGGGAGCCGUCAUAUUUGGACACCAACCGGACUCUAUAUCUUCCAGAAUUAUGAGAUUUUCCUACGGAGUGCGAAUCACGCCAGAUUUUGACGAGUCCAUCCACAAAAAAGACAAAAAAAUCAUGAUCAAAGGAAAGCCCCAUUGUGCAGACGUCUUCUCUCCCUUUUUAAAAGCUGGAUCAGAGGUUCCCGUAAAUCACAAAGUGGUGGAAGCCUACACCACCACGCGACCGUUCCAGGACUCCAUGCCCGUCAUCAUUUACUACACAGAAGACGAGUCACCCAUGUAUGUUACUGACGAGGGCUGCCAAAAGCUGGGUGUACUCGAUGUGAAAGUGCCAGCACCCUCAGCAGACGAUCACCAUGUUGCGGUGCAGUACGUAUUUGGAGACACGGAACUUCACAUGAUAGCCGUGGAAGUUCAGUCAAAGACGCCUUGCUCGGCCAAAUUCAAUCUUAUUUAGUUUUACCCAGUGCAGUUUAUCAGUAUAUCAAAAUAAAUAGUUCAAACCUGCCACAUAUAUGGCGGUACUUUCCUGGAAAAUGUAAUGAGGUAUCAAUUUUGUGAUAAUUUUGGCUUAUUUUUUUGAAAAUUUGCCAACAAAAUAAACAAUUAAAACUAUAUUACUCAUUUAUUUUACAUUUAUUAUGUAUAAAAUAAAUAGAAUUUGAAACAAA